GGCCCGAUCACAUAAGCAGCAGUUCUGUCACGUGUCAGAACCAACGUCACUGCAGCGGAUCAUCACUGCAAGUGGCUGUUUAGAAGUGGGAUCACCCUGAAUUAUUUCUGCCUGCACGAGGAUUUGCUAUAAAGUAUUUACGGCCUCUCUCGGCCUCGUUGAACUUCCCUGUCUGGUUCAAUAUCACCCCGCGCAGACUCUACUACUCUGAAUAUACUACUGCUGGGUCAUACUUCAUGAUGGCCGAGGAAGACAAGACGGCGCCCAGCAAUAUCAUCCCGGCUGCGCUGAGUAGCCCUAGACCGGAAUCUCCUACGACUGCGCGACCUCUCGAUUUUGACGAUGAGCCCCAAGAGUCAGGUAUUACGACGGUACCUUCAACGACAGCGUCGCAGCCCCCCCCCGCUAAGCCGCCCCGGCCAUUGAGCCCACAACAGCAGGCCGAGAACACGCUCAAAGAAGCCUUUCCUACUAUAGAUGCUGGUGUCGUCAAGGCAGUGCUUGUCGCCAGUGGUUAUCAGGUGGAGCGGGCGUUCCAUGCUCUCCUCGGCAUGACCGACCCGAGCGCUCAGGAAGAGGUUGCGCCUCCGAAACCCCCGCGUCCAUCCCGGAUUCCGACAUCUACGACCCAGAGACAGUUGGAAGCCGAUGAACUAUAUGCUCGCCAACUUGCUGAACAUUACAAUUCUACCGGACGGCAUAUGCCGCCGCAGGAUGAUCGGUAUCCAAGGAGGGGAAGCGAAAACUCUGAAGAAAGAGAUUAUAGCUUCUUUGAUGAUGAUCUGCCUGUUAUUCGCGAGAACAUCCGCAAGGGCUUCUUAGAAACCCAGUCCAAAGUGAACACAUGGGUGCAGAAUCUUAAAAAAAGACUUGACGGAGAUGAUCUGGACGAUAUUCGGCGUUCGCAGCAGAGGCAAGAUGGCUCGCAGCCCUAUAAUACCCGGCCUAGACGCAGCGGCGACACGAGUCGUCGAGCCGGGGAUCGUAACCACUACGACGCAGACCCGCAACUUUUGGGUGACGAUUUCUCUGCACUUGAGCUGAGGGAUGAUGAAGCUCCUCCGCCGCGCCCAGCCAGACCCCUAGCGAAUCCGAACUUGUUCAAGACGUCAUCUCCGUCUCCGGACCGACGCAAUGUAUCUUUCCAGCAGAAUUUCCCAGCCGAAAUGGAUGAUCUUUAUGAAGCGUCUCAACCCAAUGCGCGCGCUCCCUUUGGUGGAAGCAAAUCCAGCAAGUGGCAGCCGCUCUCGGCGGCUGACCCGUCGCCCGUGGUGGAGAACGAUCCGUUCAGCUUGGGAGACAGUGAAGAUGAGAAAGAGACAAAGCAGAAAGACCACGCAGAGGAUGGGGAACGUAUCAAGCAAGCUACGGCCGAAGCCAUGGCUGGCGAGAUCGGGGAAGAGUUGAAUGGUGAUAAUAAGGCGAAGUGAUUCAAAUGGUUAACCUUAUCCUUUCCAAGUCUGAAACACCC